AUGUAUGUCAGAAGAUAGAUUUAAUCGAGCAUAAAUGAAAUAAUUUCAUUUUUAACAUCAGCAUAAUAGAAUUAGAAUAUCGAGUUGCCAUCAUAAUCUUCAACUAUAAAGCUAGAUGUGUGGUAGACUUUUAACAUAUAGGCAUGCAAACUAUAAACAAUGUAGUAGUAUGUAAUGGAGCAAGUACUAGCUUUUAAAGUGCCUUCUAAGUAGCUUAUGAAAAAAAUCAGGCUGUAAGUAACUUUCAUUAACAUAACAGGUAAAAUAUUUAAAUCAAUCUAGGCAUAUAGGAUUUUUUUUAUACCGAAUGUGAAGAUUCAUAUCCUACUUAGGCAUUGGCGCAGUUCGCAAGAAUGCCAUUUUCAUAGAGAAUGAAAAUAGAUUUGAUUUUUGUGGUCUUGAUAAAUAAUAACAGAUAAUGAUCGACAUUACUGAUUUCUUCAACAUAAAUAGCUUUUUUGGGAAAUUGCAAGAAUCAAUGUAGCCUUCAUAAAUAGGAGAAACCUGGAUUAAGUAAUAAUAGACAUUUUGGUAUGAGAGAUUAUUAUAAAUAUUAUAUCAAAACAUAGAAGAUUUAUAAUUUGUAAUGAAUAAACUCUUCAGAAAAAAAUAUAAAAUUUCUAGAAUUUCUUUAUUACAUUUAUUUAUUUUGCAAAUUUUUUAUUUAGAACAAUCAUUUAAAUUAAAAACAAACCUCUUUUUAAUACUUUUCUUCUUUUUUCUAUUUUAUAUAAAUUUGAUUCCACAAUUUGAAUGUUUUACAAAGAUCUUUAUGUAUAUUCCAGUUUGA